AUGCUAAUCACUAAAGCUUUUCGAACUACUAGUAACAAAAGCCUUCAAGUUAUCGCCCAAAAACCCCCAAUUGAUAUUAUAAUAAAACAAAGGCAAAAGUUACAACAAAUCAAAUGGGGCAAUAGCAUCAACAUCAUAUCAGGUACCUUAACACCUAUCGAUGUGGAAUGGCCUUUUCCCUUUAAAGACACAAUAAAUUAUGGCAUUCCAAUAGAUUGCAGUUAUGAUAAUAAUUAUUCUAUUAAUGUUGAUAUAUACACAGAUGGUUCACGCAUCAAUGAUAGUGUGGGUUGUAGUUUUGUGGCCUACUAUAGUAACAAUGAAAUUUAUCAGCAAAACAUUCGACUGAAUAACCGGUGUACUGUAUUCCAAGCAGAGAUGUAUGCUAUUAAAAGCGCCAUAAUGUGGUCUGAAAGUACUUUUGAUCAUGCUUACAUCCAUAUUUUAACUGAUUCAUUGUCUGCAUAUAAUAUCAUAUAUGGCAAUAAUUUGCAUUACAUGGCUGAGGAAAUUAGAAAUAUGAUCAGACUUUCUACCUCUAACUAUGAGAUUACUUGGGUCAAAGCUCAUUGCGGCAUCAAGGGUAAUGAAAGGGCUGAUACUUUAGCUAAACAGGCAGCUGAAAAUAAGGCACUACCUAUUAAUUACAACAAACUCAGUUUACAAGCAUUAAGACGCCUUUUAUGGAAUGACAGUAUACAAACAUGGCAAAAUAUUUGGAACAUGAAUUCCGAUCAUAUCAUGUACGAAUUCAUUCCUGACAUCUACAAUUUACUCAGCUUGAAAUGGUACAUCCCCAACUACUAUACCACACAAAUGUUCAGCGGGCAUGGUAAAUUUGCCAGCUACCUUUAUAGGUUCACGAAUAGGAUUAAUAAUUACUGCACUAUAUGCUUAGUUGAAGAUGGACCAAAACACUACCUCUAUGACUGCGUAAUGUUAGAGAAAGAAAGGCUCGAAUUGAAACUGUUACUAGGUAAACACGGCAUCUGUUGGCCCUGCAACUUAUCGGAUAUUUGGAAAAAUAGGGAAAUAUAUUACGCUUUCUGUGAGUUAGCGAAGAAAACUAACUUCAUAACAUAUCAAACCAUACACAAUUAA